AUUAUUUAUUUCGCGGAUGCAAAAGGGUCAGUGUCCCAAUUUAGACAAUGGCAUUUUCAAUUUGAUUGCUUAUACCUCUUGUUUCUGGAAAAUAAUUUUUGCCAAUGCUAAUGGAAGGCCGCUCCAAUGAUCGGCUUACUUUUGGGAAGAUGGGUUAUGGAUGCAAACAUUACAGAAGAAGAUGCAAGAUUCGAGCUCCUUGCUGUAAUGAGGUCUAUGAUUGUCGCCACUGUCACAAUGAAUCCACGAAUUUGCUGCAAAACAUUUUUGAUCGGCAUGAAUUGGUGCGGUAUGAUGUAAAACAAGUUAUCUGUUCAGUUUGUGAUGCACAGCAGCCUGUUGCCCGUGUUUGUACAAAUUGCGGUGUCAAUAUGGGAGAAUACUUUUGUGACGUGUGCAAAUUCUAUGAUGAUGAUAUUGACAAAGGACAGUUUCAUUGUGAUGAUUGUGGGAUCUGCAGAGUUGGUGGCCGUGAGAACUUCUUUCAUUGUAAGAAGUGUGGCUCUUGUUAUUCAGUUAGUUUGCGUAACAAUCAUUCAUGUGUGGAAAACUCUAUGCGACAUCACUGUCCUAUAUGUUACGAGUAUCUCUUCGACUCUUUGAAAGAUACAAUCGUUAUGAAUUGCGGACAUACCAUGCAUUGCGACUGUUACAAUGAGAUGAUAAAGCGUGAAAAGUACUGCUGCCCAAUAUGCUCUAAAUCGACCAUGGACAUGUCCAGAACCUGGAAGAGAAUGGAUGAAGAGAUAGAAGCGACCGUCAUGCCUGAUGAGUACAGAUAUAAGAAGGUUUGGAUCCUGUGCAACGAUUGCAAUGACACGACCGAGGUUUACUUCCAUGUAAUUGGUCAGAAAUGCAGCCAUUGUGAAUCGUACAACACUCGGACAAUUGCACCGCCUGUUCUUCCUCAAUGAACAUCAUUUUUACUCAUCCAAAGCCUCUGAUUCUGAGCCUGAAACAUGAGGAACCUUUGGUUUUUAUCAGUUUCCAUUAUUUCCGACUUAAAAGAAAGAUGUCGAAAGAAACUAUUGGACUUCUUUAUUGUGUGAGUUGCACCCAUUGAACUACAGUCUCUGAUGAAUUUGUGACUUGGAAAAUUUUUCUAAGGUAAUUUUUUCUCCAAAAAUGUAGAGAAAAAUUCAGCAACCUGAACUCUGAAUUGUUGUACACUAUUUGUAUACACUUACGUCGUCUUGUCAAUGCAAGGGAUGAACUCAUUUUCUCGUAGCAAUGUUAUUGAUAAAAGAUGUAUUCGGCAUUUUUUUA